AUGAGCGACGGUAUUGAUGAAGCCAUCCGGGAUGGCCGGAUUCCUCCGGACGUCGAUAUGAAACUUCUGAGAAACAAUCAAAACAUACCGGGCAUCGCGAGCAUCGCCUCCGUCACUUUUCUGGCCACGUUGGUAGUCGCGUGUCGACUCUAUUCGCGCAAGUUUAUUAUCAAGGGCUAUGGAUUCGGCUUUGAUGACGGAGUUGUACUCGCGUCGCUGGUGGUAUUUAUUCCCUUUACGGCAUUAUGUAUACGACUCAUUAUAAUGGGCGCUGGGCAAAACCCCAUGUGGAUGUACUUUAUGAUGGACGACGAAACCUACACGCAAAUUCAGGCCCUUGAUACCAUCGCGCACUUGAUAUACAGCACGGCGUUGGUGCUUUGUCGAAUAUCCGGUAUCGCAUUUUAUUGGCGGCUUUGCUACAUGGAUAAAAAGUUCCUCCUGGCUAUUAAGGGUAUUGCCGCCAUUAUUCUAGCAGGAUACGUGGCGCAAAUUUGUCUUCUCAUCUUCCACUGUCUGCCUGUCAGUAUGGUAUGGGUAUUUUAUACCAAGGAAGACAUUUCGCUCGCCUCUGACUUUUUAUUAUUUGGGAUUCCAGCCGUAAUGCUCAAGGGCUUACAGCUGGCGCGGAAACAAAAGCUUCAACUAGCUUGUAUUUUAUUGCCGGGUAUACUCGUUAUCGGUCUCUCUGCCGCGCGGGUUGUGCUAGUUAUUAACUACGGUUGGGAAUCGGAUCAAAAGAUCGAGUUUCAAUUUUCGUUCCUCAAGCUGCUGUGUCUUGAGGUAGCCGAGGUCAGCGCCACAAUCAUUGCCGUGUCAGUCCCGGGGGUCAAGCCCUUAGUGGACAAGUAUAUAUUGCGAAAAGAUAAGGAGACAGAGUCCGGCAGCUGGAAGUCUAAUGGGCUAAGCAUGUCUUCCUCUGACGAUGUAGCAAAACCGCGUCAAGCCCAUGUUGACAUCAUGGAGUGGCAGCGAGAGAACGCGACGAAAUUGCCUACAGGGAAAGGCCUGUAG